AUGCCGACGCCUUUCGGGCCCCAGGAGCUGCGGCUGCCCCCGGGCCUGGCGGAGGAGGUGCAGACCACGUGGAACACGUUUCUGCGCUCGGCGGAGUCGCGCGAGGCGGCGGGAGAGGCCAUCUACGCGGCCAUCUUCGACUCCGCGCCCAGCCUGCAGAGCCUGUUCAAGACGCCGCGCGCGGUGAUGGCCAUGCGGUUCAUGAACGGCCUCAACCAGAUCAUCAGCCAGCUGACCGACCCGAGGUCCCUCAAGAUCGUGGUGGAGACGCUCGGCUUCCAGCACCUCGACCUCGAGGUGACCAUACCGCGCGUCGUCAUGUUCCGCGACGCGAUCGUGGACCUGCUGCAGGUGGAGCUGGCCGGGCAGCUGACCCGCAGCGCGCACAGCGGCUGGGACACGAUGCUGAACUACGCGGGCGGCGCCUACAUUUACGUCCGGCUGAAGUACACCGACCGCCUCAGGAUCCUGGCCUCCAGCUGGGCCACGGCGAACAACAAGAAGGACGAGCUCGAGGGCGUGGCGGAGGACGCCGAGGGCGAGGAGGGCGAGGGCAAGGAGGGCGAGGGCACCCACUCGGGCGAGGCCGCCCCGAAGGAGGAGGCGGCCAAGAUGGAGAGUCUGGCCGAGAAAGACAGGGGCGGCAAGAAGGGCAGGAAGAAGAAGGAGACGAGGGGCCGCGGCUGGUUCUCGGGCGGAGGCGGCGACAAGGGCGCGCAGGGCAUGGGACACGGGAAGGCCAAGGACUCGAGCGAGGCGGACGGGAGCAGCUUCCGGAACACGUCCGUGCCGACCACGUACAACGAGAUGUUCGCGUUCAACGCGGCCGUCAUGGGCUUUGGGCAGAACGUGUGGAUGAACGAGGUGCUCGCGUCGUUCGACGCGAUCGUGACGAACGUCUCCAACUCGUACCGGCUGCAGGAGGAGUGCGACGUGCUGUCGCUGCGGCUCGCGAAGUACCGGGGCACCGUGAACCUCUCGGAGUACAAGGCGGUCAUGCUGGCCUCCCUGCGCUCCCUGGUGCCGAAGGACUGGAACUCGAACCACGAGGUGGCCUGGUCCUGGCUCUGGGAGAACGUGGAGCGCAUGCUCAAGGCGCUGAUGGGCAGGCCGGCGCAGUGGGAGAAGAGCCUGGAGCGGCUCUGGUCCGGCCUGGACGAGUCCGCCCAGGCCCUCGUGCGCCGCGAGGUCUACUCCAAGUUCUUCGCGCUGGCCCCCGCGGGCCAGGACUACUUCAAGCAGUCGACCACGCGGCUCCACUUCAUCGCGGACCGCAUCGUCUCCAUGACGCUGGAGAUCUACAAGGACCCCAAGAAGAUGGUCGAGGACAUCUCCGCCCUCGGCCUGCGGCACGUCGGCUACGGGAUACCCACGGAGCUCUUCGGGCCGUUCGUCACCGCCUGCGUGCAGGUCAUCCGCGGCCUGACCGAGGACGACAAUGCCGAGGAGGCUUUCCGGUGGUCCCUCAGCCUCAUCUCGCGCAUCCUGACGCGCGUGAUCACGGAGGGCUCCACCAUAGUCAUGAAGGCCAUCAACAUGAACAGCGGCGCGCAGGUCCGGAAGGCCGUGGGCGUGGCCCCGAGGGGCCAGCGCGCCAUGUGGAUGCUCAACAUCCAGGUCGGGACCCAGUCGAUCUCGCCCCUGCUCUGGGCCAUCGAGACGGGCAGCCUCGAGGCCGCCAGGGCGAUCAUCCAGGACCUCCUCACGAUACGGGCGGACCGGGACCGCUACUACUACGGGCUGGACACCCUGUUCGAGCGCCACGAGGACAUCGUCAGGCGCCUCUGCGUCGAUGCCCCCGCGCUGCUGCCUGCGCUCUUGGACGGACUCGUGUGGCGCUCGCGCACCACGGAGAACGGCAACAGGCGCGUCAACUACUACAUCAAGCACCUCGUGGUGGAUUCGAACGGGGAUUUCGCGCAGGCGGUAGAGUGGAUCACGGAGAACGGCGACCCUAAGCUUGUGUGCCACCCAGUCGUGGCGAUGGUGACGGACACCGUGUGGGGCCGCAUCGCGUACCGGACAUUCCUGAUGAACAAGGUGUGGGUGCUCGUCACGCUGUGCGUGUUCAUCGUCGGCACCGGCGGCCUCAAGCACCAGAGCAACGACGAGACGAAGCGCAUCUCGGUGGCCUGUUGCCGUGGCUUCAUAUACGUGUUCAGCCUGGGGCAGUGGCUGUACUACCACAUCAAGAACAUCUGCCGCGACGUGCGCGGCAAGACGUUCAUCCGGCUGGGCCACGUGCACGUCCCCGCGUAUCUCGAGAACUACCAGGACCUGGCCAGCCUGUUCCUGACGGCGUUGCUCCUGGCCAUGCUCGCGCUCGAGCCCAUCCUGCACUGCUUCCCGCACAAGGACGAGGACUUCGAGGGCGCCGGGCUGUUCACCCAGGACUGCCCCCAGGCCGACGUCGAGUCCAUGGUGUUCUCGCAGCUGAGCACGGUCGCCACCCUCACGUAUUUCAGCCUCAUCAUCGAUCUCUCGGUCUUCUCCACGAGGAUCUCCGCGUACGUGCUGGUCUGCUACCGGGUGCUCUCGGAGCUGUACCUUUUCGUGUUCGGCCUGAGCUUCGUGGUCGUGGCGUGGAGCUGCGCGGUCAGCGCGCUGGAGCAGGAGAACGGGGACUUCGCUGGGAUCCCCACCUCCGCGCUGUCGCUGCUGAAGAUAGCCCUGGGCAUGUACAGCGGCGAGAGCUUCCACAUCAUGAGGGGGGAGCCCAUGCUCAUGGUCGCGGUGGUGGCCUACCUGAUCGUGAGCGCGGUGUUCCUGUUGAACCUACUCAUAGCGCAGCUCAACUGCGCGUACCAGUCCACCUACCAGGACAUGGUCGGGUACGCCCGCUUGAAUCGCGGCAAGAUCGUGGCCGAGGCCAUGCAGGUGGUCACCGAGAAGCGUUGGAGGGCGUUCGUGGACUCGAUGCUCCUGGACGAGCGCUGCGAGUUCGGGGAGGGCGACAUCGGGCUCGCGGGCGGCGUCCAGGUACGCGAGGCGGCGAACCGGGGGUCGGCGGAUCACCACCUUCGACAUGAUCCGCCGCUUCGGCGGCUCCACGUCCGUCCUGGCGCAGUGGCCGGAGGACGACCUGCUGGCGAACGACGAGGAGGACCGCUUCGAGCGGAUGGAGAAGCUGAUCGCGAAGGCCAUGAAGCGCAUGAGCUCCAGGGACGACGCGAAGGGCGGCAAGGGCGGCAGGACUCGGUGCUCGGCUCCCCAGGCACCGGCGGGAGCGGCAACCUGGGCGCCUCGGGCAGCGGCUCCGGCAGGGACGACAGCGAGCACGAGAGCGAGCACUCCGGGGGCGACUGAGCGCGGCGGCGCAGUCCAGCGGGGGGAGCCUCCCUCGGGGAGGGCGGGCCCCCCGCCCCUCGCCACGAAAAGGGGGGGCCACGAGGGCCGCCUCCGCGGCGAGGCCGGCUCGGUUCAAGCAGAAGAAAUCACAGAACGCCCG